AUGCGGAUUGGUUUCACAGCAACGCUCAUUGAUGGUUUUGAAGAUGUGGAGUGGUUUGGCCGUGGUCCUCAUGAGUCUUACUUGGAUCGCCAUGCGUCUGCUAAAGUUGGGCUCUACCAAGGAAGCAUUGCUCAGCAAACAGUGAAGUAUGUCCGCCCUCAGGAAAAUGGAAACAAGUUCCAGACUAGGUGGAUGGCCUUGAAGCGAAAAGAAGCUGAUCCCUGCAACAUGUUGUUCAUUGCUGCAAAGGAGCCAAGCCCAGUGCUGGAAAUGCAAUGUCAUCGAUACGCGCUUUCAGACUUCGACGGAGGUGAAGACAAGCCGACGCAGAGAUUCUUGCAUUCUGGUGAGCUGGAACAGCGUCCAACUACCGCUUUGUGCAUUGAUGCCAUUCAAAUGGGCGUGGGUGGCAUUGACUCGUGGGGGAACAAGCCAUUGGUGGAGCACAUGAUCGGAGCCCAGCAACAAGCGGAGUGGGCAUUCCAGCUAAUACCCAGCAAAGAAACUCACGAUACCGAAUGGCGGGCUCAUUUGCCUCAACUUGGUGGAUACACUGCAAGCAAGUAG